AUGACGGGCAGUGUUCCAGUGCGACGAGUGGCCGUCAUUGGCGCCGGGCCAGCAGGUGCUAUUGCCAUUGAUGCCCUGGCUCAGGAGAAGGCAUUCGAUAUCAUUCGUGUCUUCGAACGCCGAGAACGUGCUGGAGGAUGCUGGAUAGAUGAUGCAACACGGCCUCCUACGCUGUCCAACUUCAGUGCGUUGGCAAGCCGUACAGCAGAUACUCCAUUGACUAUUCCAAAGACACUCCCAGCCCAAACGCAGAUAUCAAGCCAGCCUCGGUUUUCAGAGUCAUCAGUCUAUCCGUAUCUUGAGACUAACAUUGACCAUCUGCCUAUGGAAUUUAGUCAAGAGCCAAUUCCAGAGGAGCGUAGUGAGCUCUCAAUAUCUAAUCACGGACCAGAUACUCCAUUUAGAAAGUGGGAUGUCAUUCAGAGAUAUGUUCAAAGUCUUGUUGAUAGAAGGGGCUAUCGUGAUUUCGUUUCUUACAACACCACCGUGGAGAAAGUAGAAAAGAUUGAAUGGUUUGAUGCCGUCGUUGUCGCGAGCGGGCAUUUCUGGGUACCCUAUAUUCCUCCCAUUGAAGGAUUGGAGGCAUUCGAGAAGGCAAGGCCCGGGAGUGUAAUCCAUAGUAAACACUUUCGCGGCCGGGAGCCCUUUAUAGGCAAGCGCGUCGUUGUCGUCGGAGCAUCCGUCUCUGGAGCUGAUAUCGCCUUCGAUCUUGUCAAUACGGCACAAGCCCCGGUACACGCUAUCACGAUUGGACACACCAUCAAUGGAUAUUUUGGAGGAGAGGCUUUUAAUCAUCCCAAAAUAAGGAACUAUCCGUCAAUUGCUCGAGUCGAAGGCAGAACUGUUCAUUUGGUGGAUGGAAACUCGAUUGCCAAUGUGGAUUACAUCGUUUUCAGCACAGGCUACAGCUGGUCUAUGCCUUUCCUCCCCGAUGUUCCGGUCCGCAAUAAUCGGGUGCCAGAUCUAUACCAGCAUGUUGUUUGGCAAAAUGACCCAACCUUGCUUUUCGUCGGAGCCGUCGCAGCGGGUUUGACAUUUAAAGUAUUCGAAUGGCAAGCAGUUCUAGCAGCACGACUCCUCGCAGGACGAGCUACGCUACCACCAAUUGAGAAGAUGCGAAGAUGGGAAACCGAGAGGAUCAAAGUGCGCGGAGAUGGCGUCAAGUUCACACUGAUAUUCCCUGACUUCGAAGACUAUUUUGAAACACUAAGAGAGUUAGCUGGAGAAGGAGAGGAAGGGAAAGGGCGUAAGCUUCCAAAGUUUCAGAGAGAAUGGGUAAGAGCCUUUCUCGAUGGACAUGAACGACGAAAGGCCAUGUGGAAACGACUAAAUGAAAAGGCUCAAAAAGAAUUGAGCGCUACCAAAGAAGUCAACUUCGAGAAAGCGCGGCUCUAA